AAAGAAUUCAGCUCGCUGCUUUCAGGAAGUGCAGUGAAGUUGUUGUGAAAGCUGACUGAGAACCACCUCGGAAACUAAAGUGAUGGCUGAACCCAGAAUGUCUUCCAUCGAUGGGCAGCUAGCUGAAGAAUUUGCCGCUCCCUCCCACGUCGAGGAGGUUAAAGAGAAGAUGGCUGCCUUUGCCGGGCAUCAUGCAGCAGAAGGUCGCCGUGUGGUUCUCAUCACAUCAGGAGGCACCAAAGUUCCCUUAGAGUCUCGCACUGUUCGCUUCCUUGACAACUUCAGCAGCGGCAGACGAGGAGCCUCCUCAGCUGAGUAUUUCAUAGAGUCGGGCUACGCCGUCAUCUUCCUACACAGGCACCGCUCGCUUUACCCCUACACACGCAUGUUCUCAACCAACAACAUGCUGGAUGCCCUGAAGUUCACAUCUGGAGAAGGUGCAUCCAGUAACUCCGGCGAAGUGGUGGUUAACCAGCAGGUGCUUCCGAACAUUGGCAAAGUGCUGAAGCGAUACCAGGAAGUGAAAGAAAGCAGACUUCUUCUCCCCAUCGAGUUCAGCACUCUGUCAGAGUAUCUGCAUCUACUCAAAGCAGCAGCGCAGGCACUCAACACAAUAGGAUCCAAGGCCAUGUUUUAUUUGGCUGCAGCAGUGUCUGAUUUCUACAUCCCAGCAUCCGAGAUGCCUGAACACAAAAUCCAGUCUUCCAAUGGACCUCUUCAACUCAGCAUGAACAUGGUCCCCAAGAUACUGUCCCCACUGGUGAAGGACUGGGCACCUCAAGCAUUUGUCAUAUCUUUUAAGCUUGAGACAGACGUAGCCAUCCUGCUGGACAAGGCUCGACGGGCUCUGGACACCUACAGGCACCAGGCGGUAGUGGCCAACGUACUGGACACUAGACGGGGUUAUGUGGUGGUGGUGACCCCUGAGACUCAGGCUGAGCUGAUCCUCACAGAGGAGGAUGAGAAAAAUGAAGUGGAGAUAGAGGACAGGAUAGUGAGCAACCUGACAUCGGCACACAACAAGUUCAUAACUCAACAAGGGGGCUGACGGCAAACGACUACACUGCAUGUUUGAGUCAAUGACGCAGCUGUAUGUUGUUGUCUGUGCUCUUAACUGAACCUGAUCCUGAGCUUGGCUUUUCAUACUUGUUGUAUGGUUGCAUAACCUUAGAAAUAACUGUAACUAUAAACACAUCAAGCUUUCCCUUGUCCUUUUUAAUGUGCUCUUAAAAAAGGGCCUCUAAGCUUAUAAAGGCUGUCUCUGUACAGGGACAAUAUACAAGUUAUUGAAAGUUUAGAAAAUGUUUAUUCACAGUGCGCAAUUAUCUUGCACAGAAAAAAACAUUUUGAUGUCUUUUCUACAACAAUGAUUAAAAGUUGAAUAAUUCUGUCAAAUGCAUUACUACAAGAGUCACCUAUAAUAAACAUUUACAAGUACAGUC